UACAGAAGAAGAAGGAAGGGGGGAAAUACGUGAACGAUGAGAAUAUGUGGAUUGUUGGUGAGAGGAUGUAAAUUGCGAUGGCGUGAGAGCAGGUAAUUGUAUUGGUGUAUGUUUGUUUGCAGUAAUUAGAUGUGUGGGAAAGCAUGCAAGAUAGGUUGAAACUUGAAAUUGGCGUGAGAUGCGAGAAAUUGAGAUGGAUAAAGUGCCGGAGCAUAUAAUAUGGGAGAUAUUGGGGAGGUUAGAGAAAAGCAGUGACAGGAAUUGUGCUUCCCUUUCGUGUAAACGGCUUUAUGAAGUGGACAUGGCGCAGAGGCAUACGCUGAAGGUUGGGUGCGGAAUGAACCCGGCUGAGCAGGGUUUGAGAUCUCUGUGCAGGCGGUUUGGGAACCUGUCUCGAGUGGAAAUCACUUACUCCGGUUGGAUGUCAAAGCUUGGAAAGCAGUUGGAUGACAGCGGCCUCCUCAUCCUAGCGCACCACUGCCCUUCCCUCUCAGAUCUCUCAUUCAGCUACUGCACCUUCAUCACCGAUGUCGGCCUCCGCUACUUGGCCUCCUGCUCCCACCUCUCCUCCCUCAGCUUGAAUUUCACCCCCAGGAUCACCGGCUGCGGCAUUCUCUCUCUUGUUGUGGGCUGCAAGAACCUCUCCUCCCUCCACCUCAUUCGAUGCCUCAAUGUCAGCAGCGUUGAGUGGCUUGAAUACCUCGGCAGGCUUGGCACCCUCCACCAUCUCUCCAUCAAAAACUGCAGAGCCAUCGGCGAAGGCGACUUGAUCAAGCUGGGUCCUGGCUGGCAAAACCUCAAGACCCUGCAGUUUGAGGUGGACGCUAACUACCGCUAUAUGAAGGUGUAUGACCGGCUAUCCGUGGAUACAUGGCAGAAGCAACAUGUCCCCUGCCACAGUAUGGUGGAACUAAGCCUCGUGAAUUGCAUCAUCAGCCCUGGCAGAGGCCUUGCUUGCGUCUUGCCCAGGUGCAACAACUUGAAGAAAAUUCACUUGGACAUGUGUGUUGGGGUAAGGGACAUUGACAUUAUUUCUUUAUCCCAAACAUCAAUUGAACUCGAGUCAGUUUCCUUGAGAGUUCCUUGUGAUUUUUCCCUAACGAGAUUAACAGAUCAAAGCCUGAUCGCCUUGGCUCACAACUGCUCAAGGCUUGAAUCAGUUAGGAUAUCGUUUUCGGAUGGGGAGUUCCCUUCCUCCACCUCCUUCUCAUUAAGGGGCAUACUUUGCUUACUAGACAAGUGCCCCGUUAGGCAGCUUGCUCUCGACCAUGUUUACUCCUUCAAUGAUAUUGGAAUGGAAACUCUCUGCUUGUCGCAAUAUCUUGAAAACCUUGAACUUGUCAGAUGCCAAGAGAUAACUGAUGAGGGUCUACAGCUCGUGAGUCAGUGUCCCCGUUUGUGCCGUUUGCGCUUAAGCAAGUGUUUGGGGAUCUCAGAUGAUGGACUGAAGCCACUUGUGGGAUCCUUUAAGUUGGAUUUCUUGGCCGUUGAAGAUUGUCCCCAGAUUUCGGAAAGAGGUGUUCAAGGAGCAGCAAAGUCUGUGUCUUACAGGCUAGACUUAUCUUGGAUGUGCUGAAUCUCAAUUCUGCCUGCACUCUCAUCAUCCACCCUUAAGCUUAUUGUUGCUGUAUUUAUUGUUGUACAUCUUGUUUUACUUAGCUUAAUGUUGCUGUAUUUAUUGUGUACAUAUAUUCUGUUAUCAACUCCCAGCAGCAUCUGGUUCUUUAUCAAGGCUUUCCCAUGUUCAUUACCGUGUGGAUAGACUCACAAUAAUGAAUAACAAUAUCUGAUAUCU